AGUCAAUGUGACUGUAAGGCAGCUUACUGGCUCCCAGUCGUUUUUAGAUCCCCCUCACACAGCGAGGCUUAAACCCGCGAUUAAUCCAUGGCAAACAAAUCACCGUGUCUGAGCUGGAUGUUCACCUCCGAAUGAGAGGGAAGGAGCCGGGCCGCGGUGUACUGGACCAUGUAACGUGGCAGAGGGGCUCAAAUGGAGGGGACGGCAGCGACGGCCGGACAGGAGAAGCCCCAGAGGCGGGUGAGGUUCCGAGUGGCUUCGGGGAACAGCGGCCGGGUGCUGAAGGAGAUGUUCAAGGAUGAGGGGCCCUCGGACUCCCUGGAUUCAGACUGCACCAGCAGCUCGGACGCCGAGCGGGCCAGCACGCCUUCCACAACCGGAGACGUUCACGGGAACCCGUACGGAUACCUGGGCUCGGAGCCGGACGACAGCGGGAGCGAGCCCGAUGAGCUGCUCCUGUACGCGGGGGCCACCAAGGACUGGAUGUUCACCACCAAGAGGGUCAACAUUCUCAGCAAGAACGGCACGGUCCGAGGGGUCAAGCACAAAGUCAGCGCAGGUCAGGCGCUCUUUGAGAACCUUCCCAACGGCAUGCAUGUGCCCCUGGAGUUUGGCCGCAUAGUCAUCUACACCACCAGUUUCCGGGUGGUGAGGACGACUUUCGAGCGCUGCGAGCUGGUGAGGAAGAUCUUCCAGAACCACAGGGUGAAGUUCGUGGAGAAGAACAUCGCCCUGGACAGCGAGUACGGGAAGGAGCUGGAGGAGCGCUGCAGACGCGUGGCCGAAGCUCCCUCGCUGCCGGUCGUGUUCAUCGACGGACACUUCCUCGGGGGGGCUGAGAAAAUACUCGGCAUGAACGAAUCAGGAGAUCUGCAAGACCUGCUUACGAAAAUCGAGAGGGUACAGCUUCCCCAGACGUGCCAGACCUGCGGAGGCUUCGCCUUCAUCCCAUGCUCAAUGUGCCAUGGCAGCAAGAUGUCCGUGUUUCGCAACUGCUUCACGGACUCCUUCAAAGCCCUAAAGUGCACUUCCUGCAACGAGAACGGCCUGCAGCCCUGUGCGAGCUGCAGCCAGUGAGGGCGUCGUGUGCCUGGACCAAACAUCCCGCUUCAGGACCACAAACAGCGACCUGAAAUGGACCUCAACCGCACCCCAGCAGGAAUACUGCGUUUCUCCACGGCCAUUCUCAUUCUGUAAACGGGAUUUUUUUAAAUAAAAAUCUGUAAACCUUG